AGAGCAGGAUGAAGCCACUGUUAGUGCUGCAGGGCUGCGAGGAGCCAAACAGCUGAGCUCUGCACGCAAAUAUGAGAGGAGAACAUGUUCAGAGUGGCCUCGCCUGUUUUCCGCCCUGGAGUCUGAGCGGAGAGGACGGCAGAGACGCACACAACUGCAAUCUUCAUCUGGGCUGGAAAUGAACAGCUGUCAAAUGUGGGAUUUGAAGAUGUGGGCGCUGGUGGGAGUAAUCCACUGUGUCUUUGGGCAGCUGCUGGACGCCAAGCUCAAAGGAGGACCAAGACUGAUCUGCAGCAUCCCAGGGUCACCCGGCCCACCGGGCAAACCUGGUCUCAGUGGGCCUCCUGGAGCACAGGGGAAUGUGGGUAUUCCAGGAAGAGAUGGCAGAGAUGGCAGGAAAGGGGAAAAGGGAGAAAAAGGAGACACAGGGCUGAAGGGUAAGUUUGGCCCCACAGGUCAGAGAGGAGAGAGAGGUGAACGUGGGCCGGCUGGCAAACGCGGUCCUCCUGGUGAAAAUGGAGAAGUGGGUCUGCCUGGUCAGCUGGGAUCUGACGGAGAAAAAGGGGACAACGGCAAACGAGGACCACCCGGGACUCCAGGAAUCUGCAAAUGUGGCAGCUUGCAACCAAAAUCUGCCUUCUCUGUAGGAAUCACCAGCAGCUACCCUGCUGAGAAAACCCCCAUCAAGUUCAACAAGGUCCUCUUUAACGAGGGCGGCCACUACAACACGCAGACAGGCAAGUUCAUCUGUGCGUACCCAGGCAUCUACUACUUCUCCUAUGACCUUACUCUGGCCAACAAACAUUUGGCCGUUGGUCUUGUGCAAAAUGGUCAGUAUCGCAUCAAAACCUUUGAUGCCAACACGGGAAACCAUGAUGUGGCGUCUGGAUCCACUCUCAUGUACCUGAACCCUGAAGACGAGGUAUGGAUGGAGAUCUUUUUCCAGGACCAGAAUGGCUUAUUUGCAGACCCUGGCUGGGCGGACAGCCUUUUCUCUGGCUUCCUGCUCUAUGCAGACACCAUCUACCUUGACACGCUGGCAGAGGACUAUGCAUAGAGCCUGGGAAAGCCCAAACUGCUGAUUUCUCUAAAAAAAUGCAUAUAUAGUAAAAUUAUAUUUUUAUACAAAUGUUUCAACAGCAAUUUUGAAGUUAUUUAGAAAGAGUCAAUAUUCUGAAAUGUUGAGACUGUCAGAGAGAGCUGAAAGAGAAAAAAGCUUUCUCAAACUGUAAAAACAGCUGUAAAAUGCAAUGACUCUCGUGAAUAAAAAAAAAACUAUAUCAC